CGAGGUACCAAAUAUUCUACGUAUCCAUUUUCUCUGUUCCUGUAACACCAGUGUGGUUGAAGAACAAGCUUUUGUUUCGUUCUAUCUCUCUCUGUUCAUUCCUUCAAAUUUAUUCACUUUCAUCUGUACAAUCUCAUCAUCACCUACUCUGUGAUCAUUUUCCAUUGUGGAAUUGGUCUUUGAUCCUCUGUUUACCCAGAGCAUUUUUUUCUUUUGUAUUUUCGGAGUUUUAAGGUUCAGACACUCUGACCCAGUUCUAAUUUUUCUGGGUUUUGUUCAUCCUUCAUUGGAAAAACGAAGAAAGACAAGAUUUUGUAAUCUGGGUCUUGUCUCUUUUUGUGUUUUUUUCUAUCCUUCAUUUUCUCGGUUACCAAACGAGGGGGAAGUAGUUACUUCGUUGACUGGUUUGGAAAAUGUUGGGGACUGCCUUGCAAUUUGGGGAUUUUCGUGGCGAGGAUCGGUUUUACAUUCCGGUGAAGGCAAGGAAGAACCAGAACCAGCGUAAGCAAGCUCAGAGAGAUAAGAGUGUUGAAAAUGAGGCUGCUUUGAAGAGCCAGCUUGUUGCUUCUGAGGAUAGGAACCUCAAUGAAUCUUCGAAUUCGUCGAACAAACCAUCUUCUUGUCCUUCUGUAGGUUCUAGUAACAUUGAUAGGUUCCUGGAGUCAACAACACCUAUAGUCCCAGUUCAGUAUUUCUCUAAGACAACAAUGAGAGGUUGGAAGACUUGUGAUGUGGAGUAUCUAUCUUACUUCUCCCUGAACGAUCUCUGGGAAUCAUUUAGGGAAUGGAGUGCAUAUGGAGCAGGCGUGCCUUUGCUACUUGAUGGAAGAGAAUCUGUUGUCCAAUAUUAUGUUCCUUAUUUGUCGGCUAUUCAACUAUAUGGUCAAUCAGCUAAGAAGUCGAAUGCUAAGCCAAGAUACACUGGUGAAGAUAGUGAUGGUGAUUACUACAGGGAUUCAAGUAGCGAUGCAAGUAGUGAUAGUGAAUUUGGAAAAAGGACUGAAAAUUUUAUAGCACAAAGUAGUCAAUAUCGACCAGGCAAUGUUUCUUUUCAAAUGAGCAGUUAUCUGUACAUGAUAAACACUAUGCGAUGCAAGAUGGGUUUUCUAGCGAUGACAGUGAAUCUGGGAACCCUCAAGAUCUUCUUUUUGAGUAUUUUGAUCAAGAUCCUCCUUAUAGCCGUGAACCAUUGGCUGACAAGGCCAGUUCUGGUCUUAAUUAAUGUGUGGCUUAUUUACCGUUAUUUUGAACAAUCCAUCUUAUAUUUUAUUAUAUUUGGACAGAUACUAGAUCUUGCACACCACUAUCCUAGCCUCAAAUCAUUGAGAAGUUGUGAUUUACUGCCAUCCAGUUGGUUGUCUGUGGCAUGGUAUCCUAUAUAUCGAAUACCCACAGGUCCAACAUUAAAAGAUUUAGAUGCCUGCUUUCUUACUUACCAUACUCCAUACACCCUUGACAGAUUAAAAUUUUCAGGAAAUGGGGGUGCUCAGGCUCCAAUUUUGCUUAUGGAUGGUGUAGCAAAGAUUUCCUUACCUACUUUUGCAAUGGCAGCCUACAAGUUAAAGGGAUCUAUAUGGCUGCAAAAUGGAGUUAGUGACAAUCAGGUGGCAAAUUCUCUCUUGCAGGCUGCAGAUAACUGGUUAAGGCUACAUCAGGUGAAUCACCCAGAUUAUCGGUUCUUUGUAACACAUGGCACAUACCACAAGUGAACUGAAUGAGAUGACAUGUCAUUACCUUUUCAUGGCUAAAUCUUAAAGCUACUAGCCUUAAAUUUAUGUUCGUUGAUCGAUGCAAGCUUGGUAUGAUCCAUCCAUCUGUAAAGACUCUGAUGGUGUUGGGACUUUCUAAUGUGGGCUUCUGUUACAUUCCACAGUAGCACAAACGAUGAGAUGAUCUCAUCGAAGAAUGAAAUACAGAUUGCUAAAGUGAAAAAAAUAUAAGUAUUGUUUGAAAAACAAAUGCCACCUAAGUGGAAGACCCUUAUGGAAAGCGAGAAAGAGCUAAAUAUACAGCAAAACUGGCUAGUUCUCCAAGUUCACAGGAAACAUAUUUGGGAUGCAGCCAGACUUCCAAGCCUUUUUUUUAGAUCAGUAGUGAUUGAGUUUUUAGACUUAAAGGUUUACUGAUAGUUAUGUUGUGAUUUAGAAAAUAAUGGGUGAGAUGCUGAAAUAUAUAGACUUUUCUGUAUAGCAAGGUACCCUUCUGGCUCUACAUCGGCAUAUACCUGAUAGAAGGGUUGGUUAUAUUGAUCUGACCAUUAGUUGUAUUGCUGUAUACUUGUUUUUGCCAUGGAGGUGGAUUUGACCACCUGAAUAGAAGUAGAUAUUGUGGAAGUGGAUUUAAAGCAAGUGUUGAGAAAUGUUAUGAAACUUAAAUGCAGAAAAUUUAUUGAUUGGUGAUGCUUCAAA